AUGAUUCUUGGUGACGUCGCCAAACUUACACCUAUCCCUGGGCUCCAUGAAGCUGCGAGGAUUUUGCUGGCAGUAUGGGAGGCUGUGGAUGAAGUCGAGACUAACCGCCUGCAAUGUCUUCGCCUUACCGAACGCUGUGCGAUGGCGAUUUACUCUGUGCGCGCUGAGAUAGCGGAUGCUGAGAGGGACAUGCAGUCUCAACAAGGUCAAAAUGGAGAUGUUGGUGUUGUGGGGCUGGCAGAAGAGAUGGAAGGUCCUGUCAGGAAGCUGAACGAGUGCAUUGAGAUGGUAUACAACUUCCUUCUAAAGCUCAACCGUCGUCCAUUCCUCAAGCGGUUUUUGCGUAGCGACGAAAUCCAGGAGGAAAUUCUAGCAUGCGACAAGGCGCUUGGGGAUGCCAUGCAGAUGUUUAGCAUUUCAAUCCAAAUAAGAAUUCUCAAAGAAUUCAAACGCUUCGCGAGGGAUACGCGUCUUGAUGUUGUGCACCAUGCGCAGGGGCCUACGCCUCCACCUAUAUAUGCAUCUCCUCUGUCGCCGACCCUACCCAUUUCCUUAGACUGCACCCCAACAGUAGGGACACCAGCACUUCCAGAACCGCAUGACAUUCUCCCAGCGGCAUCUGGGCUGAGCAGGAGUCCUCCAGCACAGAAUCCACCAUUGUCACCACUUCAAUCCGUACAAUCCCAAACUUACCACACUGAUCCACCCUCCGACGCGCUGAUCUCCCCUCUCACUGAGCUUCAGGACCUUCACGUUGUUGAAAACGCCUCUGACAGAGAACAAGACCGUGCACUAUUCCGCAGCACACUCCAACGUGCCAUUAGUGCUCGAAGGGAUGCUGAGGUGUUACAGGUACUAGAAGUGCGUCCUGGAGAGGUGCCUGAGGCACUAAAGGCACUUCGGAGGGCUGAGGAAGCGCUGAGAAGGGAAAGAGAAGCUAUUGAAAAGAAAGGAGGAGAUGUGAUCGACGAAGGCCUGGAGAGAGUGUUCAUGGAGACUGGGAUCGAGGCUAUGACGAGGUUGAGUAGUGUUGCUGUACAGAAGGCUGAGGAUCAAGAUGUGGAUGUUCCCUGGGAUUUACCGCCUUGGACUAUUACCCGCUACGAAGUCGACCGCCUCACCAUGAUUGGUAGGGGCUCCUUCUCCAAAGUCUACCUUGGUAGCUGGUCCGGGCGGCGUGUCGCCAUCAAAGUCCUCCCCCUCCACACUCCUGCACCCCUCUUCAGGAAAGCGGUGGAGAUAUGGAGGAAACUGAAGCACGAGAACGUGUUGGGAAUGUGGGGUGCGAGCAGCGCGCAAGGCGAACGACCGUGGUUCAUAGUGAGCGAGUAUUGUAGCGGCGGGAGUUUGGUGGGGUGGUUGAGAGAGAGGAAGGGGAGGGUUGGUGCUAGGGGAGAUGUGGAUCUUCUCCGGUGCAUGCACCACAUUUCGAAGGGGAUGGUGUACUUGCAUGAUCAGAAUGUAUUGCAUGAAGACCUCAAGGCUUCGAAUGUGUUGGUUGAUGAGAACGGGCGGUGUGUCAUCUCUGACUUUGGGCAGAGCGAGAUGAAGUGGGAGGCAUCGAGGAAGCCCAUUAUGAGUGCGUUUACCUCGCUCCAUGUAGACGGGACAUUACGCUGGCAGGCACCGGAACUAAUCAAUGGACCCAUGAAAUUGUCGAGAGCUACGGAUGUGUAUGCGUUCUCCAUCUGCUGCAUCGAGAUUCUCGGCAUGGGGGACCUUCCGUACGGACAUCGCGACGACAUGCUUGUUGCAUUCCUUGUCAAUUACCAAAACAAGCGUGCCGAGAUUCCCUCGACACCCAUCACUUCACUUGUGGAACCUCUCAUUCAAGAAUGUUGGGUUCGCGACCCCGAGCAACGCCCUACGUUCACACACAUUGCUGCGACGCUCAAGCGACUUCGUAAGCAUCAAGGAGGGGUGGAGGAAUCCCCUAUUCCAGUGCAGGCCGAGGUACUUUUGACGGCUUGUGUGGGAGACGAGUUUGGUACUGCGUCUGAGGGUACGGGAAGAAUUGAUACGGAGUCGGUGUCAACAACAUCACGAGAAUCGCAGCUAAAACCGUUCUAUCCAAUCGGACAGCCGCACAGCAAUCCAUCGUAUCAUUGGGAACCCACCGUAGAUUCUCAUACGGGCAAUAUGGAGAUGCCCGAGGGCGGGAUUGCUAUCUAUACGCCGACUCGCAAAUUAUCUUUGGCAGAGAGCGAUUCGAUGAGCAGUGCCUCGUCGCAUCUCACGUCAAGUCCAGAAGCUGAACACAGCGCGUUGGAGGAGCAACUCGCAGAGAGGAAAAACGAGUUGCGGUUCAGGUCAUUAGCACAGUCGAGCCACGAGUUCCAUCAUUCUCUUACCUUACCCCUUUGGUCACCUUCUCAUGUCGAGCUGGGCGCAGUGGGAUAUCUCUCUGCACCAAAAGGGGAGUUCAUUACGCUCUUUGACGCCAUGAAGCCCCACAAAACAGCGGGGAGCAAAGUGACGAAUAUUCCUUCGCUGGCUGGGUACCUCGAGGGACCUAUUCGUAUUGGGAAGAAGCCUGAUUCAAUCCCAGGUAUAUUUUUGACCAGUUUGGAACGCAUUUCGAGGCGUCACCCAUUCCCCCUUCGAGCGGGUCAUAAGGCUGCAUUUAUCUAUGCAGAGUCGACGAUGUACCGAUUCAUAGAAGACCUCGCAGCACCGAAAGACUGGUUCAAGGCUAAUGUCAAUACCAUUAUCAAGGAGUAUGCUCCCUAUCAUCCCAUUCAAAAAGAAGACGUUAUUUUGGUUUGCGGUACCUUGUCUGCACCCGAAUAUGCGCUCUUCGUGAGCCAUUCUCAUCCAAAUGGCCAAGCCCAUUUCAACGUCUUUUCGGAUCGUCAGAGUGGCCGACCAUGGGGCACCUUCACCACAGAUACUGAGUACCCUUCCGAUGAGGGUGGCCCCUCAUACAUCGAAGAGAUACCCCGAAAGGCCGUGUUCGCGAGCAAAGUGUCGCCAGUGCGGCUAAAUGCUGGAUCCAAUGACAAGGACUGGGACACGUUGGUGUUAGCCAGGCUCCGCUUCCCCACGGAUGCAACUGAGCCUACUUCACAGUAA